UAAAUGGAUAAACGAUGAUAUUUGCUCUUCAUAAACAUUGGAAUUAGUCUAAAGAUAACGGGCUGACUAGCCACAAAGACUCGACCAUCUGGCCGCAAAAUCUUUAAGAGACAAAGGGCUUAGUUUCAAAAGGUGAGAUUUAAGGGAAACUGAGCCUUAACCAUUAAUGUGUUGCGACGUUGCAGCUGUCAUGUGGAACACAGAGAGCUGGCCAUAUAAAAGGUGCGUCCGUUGCUCCCUCGGCAGAACCAACGUGGUCUUCCAGCGUAGCAAACGGGACAUACAGAAUGGCACGCUUCACCCUUUGCACUAUCUUUUUGGUGUCGGCUCUGAUGGCGGGCAGAGUGGCAGCGGACACUGGGUAUCCAGCUCCUCCCCCCGAAUACGCCCCGCACAUCCCCAUCCUGAAGGACGACAGAACGCAGAACAGCUACGGAGAAUAUACUUUUGAUUUCCAGUCUGGCAAUGGGAUCGCGCGACAGGAGGCCGGCAGCCAGAACGACGGACAAGUCUCCCAGGGCGGCUGGACCUAUACAUCUCCCGAGGGGGAACAAGUGGAUAUCUCCUUCGUGGCUGACCAGGGAGGAUACCAACCCCAGGGAGCGGUACUCCCAGUGGCCCCGCCACUUCCCUACACUCGCACUGGACACGGCCAUUAAUCAUCGUGUAAUGAUGGUACUACUGCCAGUUUGCCAAAACCAGAACGACCCAGUCUUCCCAUUCCCCUACCUACCUCAUUCUGGCUCCUCCGCCAAGCCUACAAGACAUUAUCAUCUCAUCCCCACCACCAGCCAUAUGUUCUACACAGCGACGAGGACUCGGUCAGCUGUUGCUACUUCAGCGUUCCGUAUAUGCGAGAUAGUCCUUGCCCUCGUUUCGGGUGAGGGAUAAUUAUAUUUAAUGCGCAUUAUGAUCUAGGUUUGUUCCUUGUUUUUAUAUUUUUUACAGUUUGUUGUUGUAUGUGCCGGACACAUUUUUUAGAAAUAAAUUAUGUAAAUAAACUUGUUUGCAGAUGA